AACCCGGGCAGCGCUGUGACAUACAGAAUAAGACCAAUCGACAUCAUCAACCAUUACCUGACAACUCAAUUUAUAUUCUUGACAGAAUCUUAUCGACUCAUAUUCGGCACUUAUGCUUCUUGUGAACUUCGAACCAAGCAGACAAUAACUCUUCGACCUCAGCCAUCUGAAACCGAAGCUUCUCAAACACAACCUAACAGUUCAAUACCCAGAACUCUCCAUCUUCGCAGUUCGACAUUUGAUUGCACAAGAUGUCAAAAAAGCAAGAGAAACUGACACAAGAGGAGAUAUGGGAUGAUUCUGCCCUGAUUGACUCUUGGAACGAAGCCUUACAAGAGUACAAGAAAUAUCACAGCAUUCACGCUAAGGGCGGAAGUGUACGGGAGUUAGAGCCUCAAAAUCGGGCCGAGGCGGAGGCUGAAUCUGGAUCUGAGCAACCCCAAGUUACAGAAACAGAAGAGAUUGAGUUGGACUCGGGAACAGCAGAACAAAACAAGGAGAUCCCAUCGUCGCGCAACGAGUCUAAGGAGCCAAUCGCGUCACAAGGGACUUCCUCAUUUCCUAUACAAACCGUCCUAGGUUCCGUUCAGGACGAAAGCCUCAAGAAACUCCUUAUGUCAUGGUACUAUGCUGGGUACUACACAGGGUUGUACGAAGGACAACAGCAAGCUCAGCAGAAGUAGGAUGGUUCGUAAGCGAAGAAACAAUUUUGCAUCCUUGAAACACGGAAGAGCGGUAGUCAUCCCCAAUUUUGUCAGA